GUGCGCAUAUGUGUGAAGUUUUCUGCAAUUAGAAUAAUUCUUUGUAUGUAUGUACUUUAAAUGUCGUCGAGAAUGCUUACGUUUUUAUUUUAAAAUUCGCUCCAAACCGAAAAGUAAGCCCUUUUAUAAAGAAUUAGUGCAUUGUUUAUUACAGUAUUUGAAACAAAGAACGUAAAUAGUAAAAUGGUCGAACACUCAAUUCCUUCCGAUAUUCUUGACGACCUUAGUAGUCGUUUUAUUAUUAAUGUACCUGAGGAGGAAAGGAAAGACUUAGUUCGAAUAUGUUUUCAAAUAGAACUUGCUCAUUGGUUUUAUUUAGAUUUUUAUUGCACAGAAGAAAAUCCAAAAUUAAAGACAUGUAGUAUGAAGGAAUUUGCUACACAUAUUUUUCAACACAUUCCAUUUUUAAAGCCACAUGUUCCAAAUAUAGACACGGUUUUAGAACAAUGGAGAGAAUAUAAACAAAAUGUGCCAACAUUUGGUGCUAUCGUUUUAAAUGAAGACUUAACAAAAGUAUUAUUAGUACAAAGUUAUUGGGCUAAAAGUAGUUGGGGGUUUCCAAAGGGCAAAGUAAACGAAGAUGAAGACCCUUCGCACUGUGCUGUUCGAGAAGUAUUGGAAGAAACUGGUUUUGAUAUAUCGAAUUUAAUAAAUAAAGACGAAUAUAUAGAAUCUGUUAUAAAUGACCAAAUUGUUCGACUAUACGUAAUAUCGGGUGUACAAAAAGAUACUAAGUUUCAACCUAAAACUAGAAAGGAAAUAAAGAACGUUGAAUGGUUUUCUCUUGCUGAUUUGCCUAGUAGUAAGAAGGAUAUGACACCUAAAUUAAAAAUGGGAGUUGGACCAAAUGCAUUUUUUAUGGUUGUUCCAUUUGUAAAGAAAAUGAAACGUUGGGUACAAGAGAAGCAACAGCGUGAUAAAAAUCUAUCCAUAGCAAGGAGACAUAGGCAUAAGUCGUUGGGAGAUGUUGAAUCUGUUUCUAAAAGUAAACGCCAACAACAAUUAUUUCCUCAAGCAAUUCAAAACGAAGUUGUAGAUUCUAAAAGCGUUCGACAAUCGAAUACAUCACCAGCUAGGAGUCGUCGUAGCUUAUACGAUAAUAAAAAUGCCUUAUCAAAAGGUGCAUUUAAGCGCAAUUUGUUUGGUGAACAAAGUGGUGAUCGUUCGCCAUUCACUUUAGCUCAACAGUUGACGGAGAGUCCACAGGGUCAACAGUCAUUUUCAUUUUUAAAUGAUCCUGCCAUUCAAUCGGUUAAGUGCAAUGAUUUUAAUUAUAAAGGACGACAAUCUGAUGAAGAAAUUAAAGGUUUAGCAGAAGGAAAUAUCAAAUCUUUAUUAUUUGGUGAUUCUACGCAAAAAUUAAAAACAGAUUUUAAAGCUAUACCUUCUCCGUUUACAAGCAUGGAACGUAAUAUUCCAACAUUUCCUCCGCCAAUUCGCUUUAGGUUACAUGAAUAUUCAUCUGAAUUAUGUUCUAAAAUUUGGGUACAUUUUAAAUUCGAUAAACAGGCAAUACUGAAUUGCUUGUAAAAUACAAAAUAUAAUCAUAUCGCGUAGACCAACAAACAAAAUUUAAACUAACUGAUAAAUUCGAUACUGUAGUUUACUUUUUAUAAGUAUAUUUUCUCUUGAAAACAUAUUUCUAAGUAUAAGAUGUAUAAAAACUUUGAUAUGUUCUGUAGAUAAUAUGGUUAUAAUGGAUGAUUGAUAUAUUUCGUGUAGAUAUACACUUACAAAGUAGUAUUUCUUGAAAUAGUCUUUAAAAACAUAUCUCAAGAAAAUUUGCAUUAAUUUUGAUUAUGUUAAAUUUAUCAUCAUCAUCACAUCGCAUAUUUAUUUACAGU